UGUGAAGAGACAUCAUGACCAAGGCAACUCUUAUCAAAGACAACACUUAAUUGGGGCUGCUUACAAUUUCAGAGGUUUGGUCCAUUAUCAUCAUGGCAGGAAUCAUGGCAGCAUAUAGGUAGACAUGGUGGUGCUGGGUGAGCUGAGUUCUACAUCAUGAUCCGAAAACAGCCAGGAGAAGACUAUCAUCCACAUUGGGUAGAGUGCGAGCACUAGGAGACCUCACAGCUUGCCUACAUGGUGACACACUUCCUCCAAGGCCACACCUAUUCUAACAAGGCCACACCUCCUUGUAGUGACACAUUCCAUAGGCCAAGCAUAUACAAACUACCAGUACAGCUUAGGGCCUGGGUAUGAUCUCCAGUCCUGAAAAACUAAAACAAAGAAAAAAAACCCCACAAAAUACCUAAACUAAACUAAAACCCAUCAGUUAAUACCUGUAAACUAAAUUAUUUCAGCUUCUGAAACCGUUCAACUUAGUGUCUUUUUUUUUUAUUUUAUUUCUAGCAUGCGUGAAAUGUGUUCUCUUAGUUCUGAGUGUCCUCUUAAAUUUUGAAUAUCUUCUUACAUCGGGAGUCUGUGUUUUGUAAGAACUGUUUUGUGAAAGCUUUUUAUCCAGGGACCUAUCAUUCAUUUCUGUGCCCUUCCUUUCCCCAUUCACUGUGCUGUCGAAGGGCAAUCUGCUGAGCACAGCCCCCCACCCCCACUAGGUCCUUUUCUCCUUCACCCAAGAUCUCCCAUCACCAAUACCCAGAAACCAGGCCAAGAAAGUAAAUCUUUCAGAAAAUUAUGAGCAUUCUGGAGGAAAAGUCUUGACAUCCACAGAUCUGUGAAGGGAAGACUCAUUCUAUCGGCGUGCGUAUGAUUCAUUUAGGGAGUAGUUUGAUGAAUUUUAAUGAUGUAGAGAAGUUUACUAAGGAUACCUUUCAUUCUUUCUACACAAUGCAGACGUCUUUAGGUCAGGCAUACUGUUUAAUGCAGAAUUAGAAUCCAGCUUAAAUCUUCAAAGUCUAUUCAAAAUUCAUGAUGGUGGCUUUCUUUGUAAACCUGGGAAGUGCUAUAACUUUAUGCUAAGGUUCCUCCAAGAACAUUCUGCAAAAUGAUUUAAAUUCCUCCUUGUCUUGAACUCUGGUAACCUCACAUUUUUGCAUCAACUUCUGAACCAUUUCUUUAAAUUCUAACUCUACUUAGGCAUUCAUUUUCCCUGAUGUACACGGUACAUCUUCCCUGCAUGUCACUCCCUAGAAUUUAGCAUGACAGUGGAAUCAUCAUAGCUGUAGGUAAGUUAAUUCUAUAGGGCCUUGGAGAUAGCUCAAUGGCAAUAGCACUGGCUGUCAAUCCUGAGAUCUUGUUUCCUCUCUAGAAUCAACAGGGAAGAAAUCGAGAACUGAUUCCCAUAAAUUGUUCUCUAACUUCCACACAUAAGCCACAGAAUGUGCAUGCCCACACUUGUACACAAAUACACACAUAUUCCCCCCUGCCCCCACACACAAUAAUACAAUUUUUUCAAUAGUAUGUGCCCUGAAAAGAACCAUAGGUGCAAAGCAGAACCCCAGAGCAGCAGAAAGUCCCAAAUGCAAUAUGGGUAAACUUAUGAGGGACAUAUGAUCUUAAGAAUGAUGAUGGUAAGAGCAGCUAACGUUCACGGAAUAAUAGCAUAUCCCUGGCAUUAAUCUAAGAGCUCUGCAUAGAUGACAAUUUCAUAAGCAUCCCCAGGUCUUAACCGCUGUUCCUAUUUCCCAUAUACACAUCUGGACACGGGCACAUUGAACGUUCAAACCACCUUCCACAUUGCACAGCUCUUGUUAGACAGAGUGACAGAGAAAGUGGGGAACAGCAAGGAAAGAAUGAGAGCUUCACUGGGCAGCUUAGCAACGAGCAAGAGGUCCACACAUUGAUGUGCUACAAUGAACGCACUUACGUCACACUGCUGUUGUGUCUUAUCUCUUCAUUCUCAAUUUCACCCUGGAAGGCAGUGCUUAGGUGCCUAACGUAGGACCACCUUCAGUGUAUCCUUGAUGAAUUAAUAAGAUGUUAUCAGGGAGUGAAGGACUAUUAAUACAUAGACAAUCCUUCACCUCAUAGGAACCACUGCAAGAAAUGUGGUGUUGGCUGUGUGCAGGUGACAUUGACAAGUUUUAAUGGCAUAAUCCAAUGGCAUAGACAUAUGGUUUCCUGCAGGUGACAGAUAGUCCAGCAAUCAGGGUUAUGUUCAGUAAUGAAAACAGUGUGUAAGUUUUAUUCUGGGUUUCUCUGGAAGGUGUGCGUACACUGACUGUGCUUGAAAUCAUUUUAAAAUUUCGUUUUCCUCCCUACAGAACACUUCCUCUCUGAGGAAGCUCGGUUGGUUUACACAGACACGGUGAACUUCUACUUUUGACAGCAUGCCAUGUUAACCACUCGGAGUGCAAUGUCUGCUAAAAGCAAGGAAAAUAUUCUGGGAUAACAGGCUCAAAUAGAGCCAGAUGAGCUGAGGUGGUACAAGCCUGUAAAGUCGACAUUUUGAAGGCACAAGCAGGAAGAUUAAAAGUUCAAGGAUUAUCUUUGAUUAUGGUAGUAAGUUGGAGGCCAGCUUGGGCUACCCAAGAGCCUGUUUCAAAUAAAUGAACAGAUUCAAAUGUACUGAUAUUCUACUAGAACAUACAGAUAUUUUUCAGAGUGGAUACAGAGUGAAUGAGUGAAGAAAAUGAGUGCGUCUGAAGAGAGCAAGGGCCAAAGUCAGCUUUAGUUCAGAGAUUAUCAACCAAAUCCCGGAUAUGCAGAAUUCCUGCUUUAACAGCUAUGCAUCAGGCCACUGCAAGAGGAUAACAUCAAUGGUCAGUUCUCAAGGAGGAGUCCAGUAGAAGACAGAAUUAGAGGAUCCCAAGAGGACUAGUCCCUAUGUAAGAAUGAGUAAGCAAUAAACUCUUUUCAUCUAAGAGGCCAAUAAGAAAACAUGCUUGUCUUGGACUUAGAGGCCAAUAAGGAAGGAAAAGUCCCCCUUGAGAGUAUAUAAUGAAGUAUUUUCAUUACAGGUUCCAAUUCAAUCUCUCUGUGCAAUAUAAUAAACCUCAACUACAUAACUUAAUUUGGCCCUAAGUUUGAUGGUGUCUUGCAGCAAAGUUGCAGAAUCAAAUGCUAAUAUUCUCUAGCAAAACUCAAUUUUAACUCCAGCCGUGAAAAAUCUUCACAUUUAUAUCCCCCAGAAAAGUGGAUUCAGAGGUAAAAACCUCAACCCAGAUGAAAUUAGGCCCUGUGAGCAAAUGUGGUUGAUUUUGAAGAAAGAGUACAAAUAGACAAAUAGUUUUUAGUAUGGAAUUUAAACUAAACAGAUGUAGACUACAUAUAUUUAACAUUCAAGUAAUAAGAAAAUGGCUUUAAAAGAGAACAAAUGAAUAAAAAAGUGUCAUUCUAAAUAAAAUUGUACUAUAAAAAUAUACAGAGUAGUGAAUAAAAUGCAUCAUACUGAUUUUUUUCUUUUGUAUGAGAUAGGGUCUUCCGUAAUCUACGUUGGCUUCUAAAUGCCUAUGUUGCCAAGGCUCACACUCCUGAUCCUCCUGUCUCAAUUCUCCUAGUUAGGGCAUUACAGGUGUACGCCUCUGUAGUCUAAGAAAGGAUCAUUUCCCCCCAAACACAGAAGUAUUUAUUUAGUGCACGAUUUUUUAUGAAAGGUAUUUUAAGACAGAAACGGGGCCGCGAUACACUAAUUAUACCAACAUUUGCUAGGGUUAUUAAAAGAGCCUGCCCAGAAUUAUAAACCUUAGCCCAGCUAUUUACACAACAUAAAUUCACGUCAUUGUUAGUAUAUGCCAGCAAUGCAUUAAAUCACCAAAAUUUAUGGAUGGUCGUUAUUUAUGUAUUUAUUGCAGAUGCAUUAGAACAGUUGUUUUACAAUGAACACAAGAUACACUGCAAACAUAACUGGCUACUGCAUACAAUUUUGAGUAUCUUUUAAUUUGGGGAAUGCACAUUCCCUCCGGUCUCACUACAAAUUAUCUUAACGUUGCAGGGACACCAAUCACUUGUCCCAUUUAUUUAUCAGGAGUGACUUAUGAAGAUUAAAUUCCAGCAGCGAGUUCUGUUCUAAACAAUCUGAAUUUUCCGAACUUAGCCGAUUAUUCUAGCGUUUGGAAUCUUUGCUAUGUGCCUAGCACAGCCAGAAAUCCAUGACUCACAAACGGCGGGCUUGGAACCACAGCACAGAACAGGUGAAAAGUUGUUCCUAGUUGUGUCAGGCAGGCGCAUACAACUCCCGUCAUCCCCUAUGCAAGAAAUCAACAAAUAAACAGAGUCACCGCAUUUCGGAUUCUGGCGUGCCCGUUUCGCGCAGGCGUGUGGUUUCUGUAGUUGCCACUCUAAGAGACAACCACACUGGUGGCUACGCUCGGGGAAAAAGAUGACUACAUUUCCCAGAACUCCGCGGAGAUCCGCACCGGCCGGUUGACGUCAUCGCUCCAGACAGCCAAUGGCAACGGCGGGCGGCAGUGAGGCAAGCGCCGUCAGGCGCCAAAGUGGAGCCUUUUUUUUUUUUUUUUGCUUUUUUUUUUUUUUUUUUUCCUUUGCCGGAGUCGAGCGGGUGCUGCUAGCGGAGGCGCCAUAUUGGAAGGGACAAAACUCCGGCGACAGCGAGUGACACAAAUAAACCCCUGGACCCGUUCGUCUCCGCAGCACUCAGGGCCGCGAUGUUGUACCUAGAAGACUAUUUGGAAAUGAUUGAGCAGCUUCCGAUGGACCUGCGGGACCGCUUCACGGAGAUGCGCGAGAUGGAUCUGCAGGUGCAGAAUGCAAUGGAUCAACUAGAACAAAGAGUCAGUGAAUUCUUUAUGAAUGCAAAGAAGAAUAAACCCGAGUGGCGAGAAGAACAGAUGGCAUCCAUCAAAAAAGACUACUAUAAAGCUUUGGAAGAUGCAGAUGAGAAAGUACAGUUGGCGAACCAAAUUUAUGAUUUGGUAGAUCGCCACUUGAGAAAGCUGGACCAGGAGCUGGCUAAGUUUAAAAUGGAGCUGGAAGCUGAUAAUGCUGGAAUUACGGAAAUAUUGGAGAGGCGAUCUUUGGAAUUAGAUGCUCCUUCGCAGCCAGUGAACAAUCACCACGCUCAUUCACAUACUCCUGUGGAAACAACAGACCAUAUCCCCGAAAAGAAAUUCAAAUCCGAAGCUCUCCUGUCCACCCUUACAUCUGAUGCUUCUAAGGAGAACACGCUGGGCUGUCGAAAUAAUAAUUCCACAGCUUCCUGCAACAAUGCUUACAAUGUGAACUCGUCCCAACCCCUGGCAUCCUACAAUAUUGGUUCAUUAUCUUCAGGGGCUGGCGCAGGGGCCAUCACCAUGGCAGCAGCUCAGGCAGUGCAAGCAACAGCACAGAUGAAAGAAGGACGAAGAACAUCGAGUUUAAAAGCCAGUUAUGAAGCGUUUAAGAAUAAUGACUUCCAGCUGGGAAAAGAAUUCUCCAUGCCCAGAGAGACAGCAGGCUAUUCCUCCUCGUCGGCACUCAUGACAACCUUAACACAGAAUGCCAGCUCCUCGGCCGCCGACUCUCGCAGUGGCAGGAAGAGCAAAAAUAACACCAAGUCUUCAAGCCAGCAGUCCUCCUCCUCAUCCUCAUCCUCGUCCUCCUCCUCCUUAUCUCUGUGUUCGUCAUCUUCAACUGUAGUACAAGAAGUUUCCCAGCAAACAACGGUAGUGCCCGAAUCUGAUUCCAACAGUCAGGUCGAUUGGACUUACGACCCAAAUGAACCCCGGUAUUGCAUCUGUAAUCAGGUAUCCUAUGGAGAGAUGGUGGGAUGUGAUAACCAAGACUGUCCAAUAGAGUGGUUCCACUAUGGGUGUGUCGGCUUGACAGAAGCACCGAAGGGGAAGUGGUUCUGUCCGCAGUGCACGGCUGCCAUGAAGAGAAGAGGCAGUCGACACAAAUAGAGAGGGGCUUCACCGCAGGAAGGGAGAGCUUCAGCUCGGCAUUUUAUACGGGACUCUAGAAGGAACGACACGAGGACGAAGAAACAACUCAUUUCCAGGCGACCACUUAAAGGAUUACAUAGACAAUCCUAUAAGAUCUUGAACUUGAAUUUUAUGAGUUGUAUUUUAAUAAUGUAAGUAAAUUAUUUAUGCACUCCUGGUGUGCUAUGAAUAUUAUUCCAGUUAGCCUUGGAUUAUUUCUGUGGCCAACAUAUGCAGACAUUUGUACUCCUCAACCAUUUUCUCAAAGUAAUGGGCAUUCUAUAAUUUAAACUUCAAAGAAUUCCAACGAUGAAGAUUUUAAGAAAGAAUUUUAUAUUCAACAGGUAUAUUCUGCUGCAUGUACUGUACUCCAGAGCUGUUAUGUUACACUGUAUAUAAAUGGUUGCAAAAAAAAACAAAAAACAAAAAACAAACAAAAAAAGUCAGUCCUUCGAAAAAGGAUUAAGAUAAUGGUUUUUAAGAUGCCUUUAUAAUAAGCUUUGUUUCUUUGUGAAACUCAUUCAGCAGGCUGAAGGGAUUGGUUUAUGUGAUAAAGUGGGCUGAGGUCCUCUAGAGUACCUGGGUACAUAAACAGAAACUCCUGUAGGUAAACCCGAUCCGUGCCAUUAGUCUACAUGUUUCUGCAUCCAGAUAGAAUGCCGCUCAAGCUCAAGGGGGUGGGGGUGGGGCCUCUGGGGGAAAGGGCGUUAAAGUGAUACAUUUUUAUACCAAAUGUGUUUAUUUUUUUGUGCGAGUAAUCCUUAAAUUGGAAUUGUAUUAGGUGUUAAAAUAAAGUUUUUUAAAAAAAUAA